AUGAUGUCUCUAGAAGGGGCGUCCAAAAUUGAUCCUGAAGAGGACACCAUCUUCGAGGGAGAACCAGAUGCCGGUGAGCCUGCCACUGAUGCAGCCGGAGAAGCCAAGGUCAUCAUGGACGAGCCUUCUCUUGAAUUGCUCCAUGGUAGUACCGUCGAUUACACCACCGAGUUGAUCGGAAGUCAAUUCAAGAUCGUGGACAACCCGCGUGCAACAAGUAACUGCGGCUGUGGAACGAGUUUCGAUGUCAGCGAUUGA